CACACACACACACUGUGAGGGAAUGGGCAGGUCUGGCCCUCUUUCAGCUGUACGUGAGAUCAGUGCUAACUGCUUUAAACCUGCACGUUUGCUUUGAGGAUGGUUCAGGUCAUUCAAGUGGUCGUAAUAAAACACCGCCGUGUUCCCCUGCAGGCUGUAAUACAGCUGCGCCGUUUCCUACCGCAUUCUCAUGCUAAAGAGCCGUUUAGCGGCCUCUAAGCGCCCAUCCUCAGGCAGGCCAGGGAGGCGCACCACGGUCAUUCUCAUGGUCGCACCGCCUGCCGCGAGCUUCAGGUGGCAAACUAAACCAAACACAGGAGGUCCUGCGGGAAAACGAUACUUGGUUUAAUCCCCGCUUUACAGGCAUGGGGUGAAAAAACAUUCCCAAGUCUCACCUCAACUCCCACUGAGCUAUUGCUCCUGAAGAUGCAGGGAAAAGUCUGCAAGUAAUAUAUACUUACAUAAUGUGACAUAUAUGCAAUCUGUUAGUGCAGUGAUUUUAAGUGUAAAGGUAAAUUAAGAAGAUCUACAUGCGCGUCAGAUGUACAAACUAAAGGUUUAAAAGUGGUGAUGAUUAGUUAAGUAGCAGGUCAGUGUGUUUUUUAUUUCUGCGUAUUUAUUUUAUAACAGAAUUUAUUUUAUAUAGAAAAUCAUUAUAGAAUUUUUUUUUAUUAUUUAAAAGAAUCCGUCUAAUUUAGCAAGUUAGUAAACGUUAAUACAAAAUUUGCUUGAAAUAUCUGCCUGUAAAAAUCACAUUUUCUUUUUAAUAAUAUUUGUCGGGGUGAUUUAACUGAAAGGAAACACAAGACAUUAGAUUCAGUGAAACUAUUCACUUAAAUAGAAUUAUACAUAUAGUUCAGAAUUGAAUAGUUUAAAAAAAAGCUUAAAAAUAAGCCAAUAUUUAUAGUUAUAUUAAAAAAUAAUGUUUUAACGUAAAAAAAAAAAGAAAUAGAAAGAAUUAAAUUCCUAAUGUACUAAUAUUUAAAUUGGGCUUAUUGCAGUUGUAUUCUAAUGUAAAUCACUUCACACGAGUCUGCAGCAGGUCAGAGUUUCCCCGCACCUGCGCCAGUCCUGCGGGUCCCCUGCGGCGCAUCUGCGCUCCUAUUGGUCUGAUUAGCAGUGGACUGAAACAGACUGCGAGGGUUCUCAUAAAUAGGCCAUCGGUACAGCCGGACCAGCAAACAAGAAGCUCACUGCAGACCACACAUAAUUACAAAAACUUUGCUUGCGCAUUUUCUUAAGAUUGCGUCCCUUAUUGUGGACUCAUCAUGAUCCUCUCUAUGGAUGAAGCGGCUCAGCAAGCAGCCACCUCAUCCGAAGAAGAAAUAGACAUAGUCGGGGGAGAUGGAAGAGAGUUUUUCCUACCUUGUCGGGACACAGAUGACUCACCGGCGGAGUCCAGCGCGGAAGCGGACACUUCAGAAGCCGACUCUUCCGGGGAAAGCGAGGUCACGACCCCGAGCCGUGCAGCGAGCGGCUCUGUUAAACCUCCCUACUCGUAUAUCGCCCUCAUCACUAUGGCUAUCCUGCAGAGCCCCAUGAAGAAACUCACUCUCAGUGGUAUCUGCGACUUCAUCAGCAACAAGUUCCCUUACUACAAGGCAAAAUUUCCGGCGUGGCAGAACUCCAUCAGGCACAACCUGUCGCUUAAUGACUGCUUCGUCAAGAUCCCCAGGGAACCAGGGAACCCAGGCAAGGGCAACUACUGGUCUCUGGACCCUGCCUCGGAGGACAUGUUCGACAACGGCAGCUUCCUGAGAAGGAGAAAGAGGUUCAAGAGAAGUCGUCCAGAAUAUUAUAAAGACGGACUUUUGCUUUAUCCAGGCUUUAGUGGUCGAUCCUACGGGAGGCCUUACUGCGUGUCUGGACGUCCUCUAACGCAGCCUCUCGGAUACACACCGUGUCCAUAUUUCCCCUUUCAGAGUGUGGCCGAUGUUAAGGGCCUCCAAGCCGGAGAGUUUGGGCCACACGCUCGCCUCACGUUCCCCGAACAGGGGCCAGAGCCCCAGACGCAGAAAUGUUCUUUUACUAUCGACAGCAUCAUGGCAAAACCAGACAGUCCCACACACAAAACCCCUGUCCUCCAACUUCCAGUCGAUUAUGGACAUGUCUUCUCUCGGUCAGCCUCCUGUGUGGUUCCCGGUUUUCUGCCAAUUACACGGACACCUUUUACGCGUGCCAAUGUAGCCAUUACAGAAAACUUACCAAUGCUCUAUCCUAACUGCUGAGCAUGCUAAAGACUAACAUAACUCAGCCAAAUUAUAGCAAACAUGUUAAUGUUAUAGCACACAAGUGUCUUUUAUUUGCACAUACACUGAAUCCCAGCUGCCUUAUGCGUUCCGUUUGUAAACAGCUUUAAUGUAAAUAUAUAAUGUUAAUAUAUGUGUGUGUUUUUGUGUGUAACGCGGAAAUACGUAACUCUGUCGUUUUGUGUCGAAUUGAAAUAAAUGUGAUUAUUAUAUUUAAAAUGGCAAGCGUGUUUUGUCUAUGACGCAUUCAUGGGUCAUUAUUUUUUAUCCAUUUAGAGUACGCUUUAGUGUUAAAUCAUUUACAUUAU